AUGAGUGCAACCCCAUCUCACGCGCCUAGAUCCAUGGAUUCUCUUGUGGAGGAAGAUGAGGUCACUGGGAAUGAAUCGGUUGAAGAUUCGUCUGACGUGGCUGAUCAAAAUAGCCAUAUAUCUACACAAAACAAAAUACACAGCCCGAUCUCAAAAAUUCAAACUAUGCACGCAUUGCCCGAUCCAUCACCAUCAAAGCUUGAUCAUCUCGAUUUCAAUUUCAAUCCAAUUAUUCCGAAUCAUCCAACAUCUACUUUGUAUGUCGACAAUUCUACAUACUUAAUCCUAUACUACCCACUUUCAAGUCCAAACGAGCUAGCGUUUGUGAUGAUUUGUCGAAGAAUGCGACAAAGUCAAAGAAAAAAAUCGGCUUCUACCGGAAAAAUGCCCAGAGCGGAUUGGGAUAAUGAUGGGGGUUUUCGAGACACGACAUUAGUUUCAGCAUACAUGGAUUAUAUCAAAUUUGGACUAGGUGCACCAAUGGGCCCGGAUGGAAAAUGCAAGAAUCUACAAAAUAGUGGCUGGACUGCCGUUGGCAAUAAAACGCUAAAUCAAAUAGGAGAUGAUGGCAAAGGCUACACUGAUCAACAGCUUCAAAAUCGAUGGAACAAGAAAUAUUUGCUGGGAGGUCAAGAAGGGGAAAAGUCGGGAAUGGAAUCGUAUACAGGUGAUGAAGGGGAUGCUUUCAUCUUUUCAAAGGAAGCAAUUACGGAAAUGCUAGUCCGUCUUGAUUUCCCAUCUGAAUUGAAGAAACUAGUAGAUGUAGAUAAUACACGCAGCUACAAGCCUCGACACUUUGACGAUAUGAAUGAUUUGCCAAAAGGCACCACCUGGGAGUGUUAUGACAGCCAUAGUAGGUAA